AUGUCGCUCGAAGUUAUAAUCAUCGAAUUAAAGAAUAGUUGGGAAGGUCAUUUUCAAGUGAUAGGUACGUUCUCUGGAAAUGCCUAUCAGAUUAAAGAUAUUGAAUCAGGAAAAGUGAUUGAUUCGAUUAAUGGGAACUGUUUAAACUCUUGGAGUGAAGCAGAAUAUGGCGUGUUAACUGGUAGAUCAAAGGAAGAAGUCAAGCAAUCUUCUAGAAGAUCCAACUCGAUCAAAGGCCUUGAUAUUGUAGGCCUUGAGAUUGUUGGUAUAGGCACUGGCACUUUGUUUUCUUGGAUGAUUCUAUUCAGAAUAGAAGUCAAGUCUUCCAAAGUAGCACUGGUUGGAGUGGUAGAAACAUUUGACGUUCUUGGUCUUGGUCUUGGAGGUAGGGGUAACCCUAGCUUUCUUCUUCCCUUUUACGCGAACGGUGAUUCUGUCCCGAGCUCUCUUUUUCUCUUCCACGGUUCCACCUCCGAUUCGGCGAUUCCUCCAUCCUCGAGAGAAGGAGACCCUGAGGGAGCCAGAGUGCUGUCCAGUGUCCACCGUGAAGGAAGUCGCCACUCCUUGCUCGAAGGUGUUCAGUCAUCGCCGCCGCAGGGUAGCCGUCGCUGGGUCGCUGUCGCCGAGGAGCAUUCCAUUCACCGAGCAGCAGUCCUGUCACGGAGCAGCAGUCCAGUCGCCAACAAGACUCCAGUGGCCAUCGCAGUCCAACACUCCAACUCGAGCGACCAUAAGCAUAAAGCACUCCUGUCAGUCUGUCACCAAGCCAUCUCCUGCAAAAAGCAACUCCACAAUGUCUUCUUCGGAGAAAUUCUGUUUUUAGAUUCUGAACAAGCAGUUAUGGAUGCUAAUAUGAUUACUAUUCUCUUUGGAGAACACAUAAUAUGGCCAACAAGCAAUGAGGUGCCCAGUGAGCGGACACCUGAAGUUGGGGGUGAAAUUGUUGAGUCCGCGGUACGUUCUUCAACGGACAGCGGCGUGCUUACCAAACCCCCGCCCCCUCCUAGAUCAAAGAAGAGGAAGGUUCAUUCAACUAAUGUGGGUGCAACUCCGGGAGCAACUCCAACAAAUCCAUCUCCAAGCACUCUAGAAACUGAUGAAGAGGAUAGCAAGGAUGAAGCUAAUGAAGGUAACAGAAAACCUUCUAGACCUAGAUCUUGGACUUGGGAACACUUUACAAAGGAUCCUAAUUCCAAGCCAUCACAUCCUAGGGCUAAAUGUAAUUGGUGUGGUGCAUCAUAUGCAUGUGAUUCUCAUAGAAAUGGUACAACUAAUAUGCGUUAUCAUUUGUUAAACCAAUGUAAAAAAUUUCCUAGGGAGUCGGGUGACCCUAGUCAAAUAAUCCUUACCUUCCAACAAAAAAAAGAGGGUGAAGGGGUAUUUACUGCAGUUACUUUUGAUGCUAAAAUGUGUAGAAAAGUCCUUGCUAGGAUGAUAAUUGUUGAUGAGCUACCAUUCAAGUUUGUUGAGGGGGAGGGAUUUAGAUUCUAUAUGAGUAUUGUGCAACCUAGAUUUUCAGUUCCGCGAAGGAUUACUAUUGCUAAGGACUGUUGGAAUCUUUAUAUUAGUGAGAAGAAUAGGUUGAAAACUGUGUUCAAGCAACCGAAUCAAUCUAUUUGUUUAACUAUUGAUUGUUGGACUUUGACUUCUGUGCAAAAUCUGAAUUAUAUGUGUCUCAUUGCUCAUUACAUUGAUCAUGAUUGGAAACUGCAAAAGAGGAUUAUCAAUUUUUGUCUUAUUAAAAACCACAAGGGAGAAACAAUUGGUAGAAAAAUUGAGAGAUGUCUUUUGGGGUGGGGGAUAUCUAGAGUGUUUACAAUUACUGUUGAUAAUGCUAGUUCUAAUGAUACUGCAAUAUCUUACCUAAGAACUAGAAUGGAGGAUUGGAAUUUACAUCCUUUGAAAGGAGAGCAUUUGCAUGUUAGGUGUUGUGCACAUAUUCUUAAUCUUGUUGUUAAUGAUGGAUUGAAAGAGAUGCAUGAAUCUAUUAGCAAGAUAAGAAAUGCUAUUAGAUAUGUGCGUGCUUCCCCUAGUCGUAUGAAUAGGUUCAAAAAUUUUAUUAAGGAAGCUAGGAUACAAGACAAGUGUACUGUUCAACUCGAUGUUCCCACUAGAUGGAACUCUACAUACACCAUGCUUGAAAGUGGUUUGAAGUUUCAAAAGGCGUUCAAGAGGCUAGGGGAGAGAGAUACAGAAUAUGCUCUAAUGCAAGGUGGUAUUCCGAUGAAUAUUGAUUGGGACAAUGCAAAACACUUUAUGGAAUUCUUGAAAAUUUUUCAUGAUGUUACAAAGAGUGUGUCUGGUAGUUUGCUUGUGACUUCUUCUCAAUAUUUUCAUGAGUUUUGUAAGAUUUUGCGUGUGUUCAAUGCUUCUUGUGGUAGUCGAGAUCCAUUACUUGGGAGUAUGGCUGAGAGGAUGAAGCUUAAGUAUGACAAGUACUGGGGUAACAUUAAAAAUAUCAAUAUGAUGAUUUUUGUUGCUGUGAUUCUUGAUCCUAGAUACAAGUUGAAGUUUGUGAACUUUAGCUUUGAAAAGCUAUAUGAUAAGGAUGAUGCUGAUUUUUUGGGUGCAAAAGUGAAAGAAACCUUCUCCAAGAUGUUUGAAUGCUAUAUGAAUGCAAAUAAUGGGGGAAGAUCUUUUACUUCAACAACAAUGGAUGGUGCAUCAGAUGUGGGAGUACCUGAUGGCGACAUGGCUGGUGAUUUUUUUAAGGAGGUGCAUUUUCAUGAGAUCAUCAACAAGAAUGAGGUGGAUUUGUAUUUGAUGGAUGGUUUAGAGAAGCCUCGUGAUCAAAAUACUUUUGACAUAUUGAAUUGGUGGAAGGUAAAUUCUAGCAAGUAUCCUAUCUUAUCCCAAAUAGCUAGAGAUGUCUUAGCAAUACCGGUCUCAACUGUUGCUUCAGAAUCAGCUUUUAGCACUGGUGGAAGAGUGCUUAACAACUAUAGGAGUUCUUUAACUCCAAAGACAAUUGAGGCAUUGAUAUGUACACAAAAUUAG